AUGAGAAAGAUCCUCAGAAUGGCGUCGGUGUCACCUUUAGCCAAGUACAAGCUCGUCUUCCUCGGGGAUCAAUCCGUCGGCAAGACCAGCAUCAUCACUCGUUUCAUGUACGACAAAUUCGAUACCACUUAUCAGGCUACGAUUGGGAUCGAUUUUUUGUCGAAAACAAUGUACCUUGAGGAUCGGACUCUUCGUCUGCAACUAUGGGAUACUGCCGGGCAGGAGAGAUUUCGAAGUCUGAUACCAAGUUAUAUCAGAGACUCCUCUGUUGCUGUAAUUGUCUAUGAUGUUGCAAAUAGGCAGUCAUUCUUGAACACCGCCAAGUGGAUUGAGGAUGUUCGUACAGAGAGAGGUAGCGAUGUCAUCAUUGUUCUGGUGGGUAACAAAACAGAUCUCGUUGAUAAGAGGCAAGUGUCGAUAGAGGAAGGGGAUAACAAAGCUCGUGAUUUUGGAGUAAUAUUCAUAGAGACGAGUGCAAAAGCAGGAUUUAACAUCAAGCCACUAUUCCGCAAGAUUUCAGCAGCAUUACCAGGAAUGGAGUCGCUUGCUUCGACGAAACAAGAUGAUAUGGUUGAUGUGAACCUAAAGUCAUCGACCAAUGCAUCUCAUGGGGAGCAACAGCGAGGUGGCUGUUAUUGUUAA